UUGAUUGGCCUAGUUCUAAACUGCGUCGGGUUUUGAUCGCAUCUCUUGGGGCAUUUUGUGCACUAUUUUGCACCUGCUCACUUUCCUGUAAUGCAUGAACCUCCCCAAGCAUCAGCUGUACUAAAGAUAUUCCCAAGCUGUGGUUGCUACAGCUGCAGUGUCAUGAUUGUUCCUGCAUUUCAUUGAGUUGGUGAUUAAGGAGCUGAGAAGAAAGGGGAUUGAAUUGUUGCAUUGUGUCAUUUCUAAUUGUGAUGUUUUCUUUCACUUUGAGUUUUUUGUGUGGGUAGUUUACAUUGUUAGUGCAAGGAAGUUCCAAAGUAGACGCUACCAUGCGCCUGCUCUUGGCCCCGCUGCGGCUGGCUCGGCUGGCACCGCCACGGCCCUGCCCCAGCACCUCGUCAGCCGUCUGCGGAUCCCACCUCUUUGAGACAUCACAGUGCUGUCCAGCUGCUUUACCGCUGUCAUGUCCGGCUGCGCUGUCGGCGGCCCGUGCGGCGCGGCUCCACACAGGGCCGCAGCCGACGGCCCCCCUGCGCGACCUGCUGGCGCCGGGCGGCGCCGUGCGCAGCGUGCUGCACUCUCUGGGCGUGCUGAACGUGUCGCGCGCCCGGCUGCGCUUCGCCGGCUACCGGCUGUACGAGUCGGCGGCCGACCACCCCAACUACCAGGAGUUCUUCCAGCUCUGCCAGAUGCCCGACACGUUCUUCUCGUGGUACCUGGUGACGGAGCUGCACGUCUGGAUGAUCUGCGUCCGCCUGGGCGACGACGGCGCCGAGGGCAAGUUCUGCCGCAAUCAGCUGAUCACGGCCAUGUGGGAGGACCUGGAGACGCGCGCCAAGAAGCUGGGCCCCGUGUCGACGACGGUGCGGAGCGAGCAGCUCCAGCAGACCAACCAACACUUCCAGGCGGCGUUGCUGGGCUACGACGAGGGCCUGACCGAGGACCGUGUGCUGGCCGGCGCGCUCUGGCGGCGCCUGUUCUCGAGCUCCGGCCGGGACGCCACCGCGCUGGAGCAGACCCUGGCGUACGUGCGGCGUGAGCUGGCCCGGCUCGACCGGCUCAACCGCGACGACCUGCUGCUGCACGGCCGCAACAGCUGGGGCGCGUUCACCGCGCCGCCUGGCGGCUGACGUCACCACUGCCUGCUGGGCGGGCUCCGCUAGAUGGUGCGCCAGACGCGUGCAGACACAGAUCGGAUCACCCCGAAUCAGUGCCGCGACGGGACGGCGCCAAUCUCAGGGCACCGCCAGUUGGCACGUCGUAUUUAGCAUGUGUCACGCCAGAUUUGUAGAUGUUUUUAAAUGCAGCCUCCGAGGCUUUUUGAGCGUGUCGUGGGGAGCGUGUUGAGUGCGCUCCGGAAAGCGAGGUCGAGAAGGACGUCGGGGAACGUGCGGGGCCCUGCCCCGUCCACCGCCCGGGCUAUCGUCAAUUACGGAGUUUCACGGUUCUUGGCCGGCCGUUUCACCGCGCACGUGCCGACAGUCCAUCUCAUUCGGCUGGUGGUUAUACUGAUAGCUGCUCGCCUCGAGCCCAGAGAUUGAAUAUA